AUGCAUUUUCUUUUAUUCAUUCCUUAUUGCAUAUCUCCGCUCGCACUGGUUCGGCCACACUACAAAUUGCAUUUUGAUGGUGUCUGUAUUAAUAUCUAUCUAUCUCUCUAUUUCUCUCUCUCUCUCUAUCUAUCUAUCUAUCUAUCUAUUUUAUAUUUUUCAUAUACCCUUGCCUUCAUUUUUACUGUCUCUCUGCUUUAUUUUUCAAUAGCCGUUCUUAUUUCUCCCUUCUCUCUCUAUCUCUCUUUUCCUUCUUAUCACUCAAGUUCUUCUUUUAUAUCUGUCUAUCUAUCUAUCUAUCUAUCUAUCUAUCUAUCUAUCUAUCUAAAUUCAAUCUUUUGGUAUUUCCUCCAUUACUUUCAUUCAUGUUUUUUUCCUCUUUCAUUCUUCUUCUUCUUCUUCUCCCUUUCUUUCUUUCUUUCUUUCUCUCAUAUUCUCUUUCCUCUUUCUUCUUCUUCUUCUUCUUCUUCUUCUUCUUCUUCUUCCCCCUUUUCUUUCUUUCUUUCUUUCUUUCUCUCAUAUUCUCUUUCCUCUUUCUUCUUCUUCUUCUUCUUCAUCAUCAUCAUCAAGAGAUUUCUUCUUUUCUUUUUCAGGUCCUUCUUCUUCUUCUUCUUCUUCUUCUUCUUCUUCUUCUUUUUCUUCUCAUUACAGCACUCUUCUUUUUUUUCUUCGACCAUAUAUUUACAUCUAUCUUCCCAUAUUUGGGUAACGGCAUCUUAUUUGCACACUUACAAAUACCCUCUAGCCCACGUCUCUCUCUCUCUCUCUCUCUCUCUCUCUCUCUCUCUCUCUUUAUCUAUCUAUCUAUCUAUCUAUCUGUCUGUCUGUCUGUUCAGGAAAUUUCUGCCCCAGGCUCACUUAUGA